AUGUUUAAUCAAAUACGAGCAUAUUAUCAUGUCGGAUCCGAACAAUCUUCAUUACCUGUUACAUCAACUUCUUCAGCAUCUUCUACACCUUAUUUUACAUUUGUACUCUGGUCAUUAGUAGCUAUUAAAGUUUAUCAAUUUUAUUGGUAUCUUGGACGAAUAUUGAUAUUUGUUAUUAUUUAUAAAACUAUUAAAAAAAUACUAAUUGAAACAUAUAUUUAUUUGAUGAAGAAAGAAAGUGUGCAAUACGUAAUUCAACGAAUAAUUGAUUUUUUGCAAGCACGACGUGAUGUAUUAACUCCAUCACCUUUACAUGGUCUUGUUCGUUUUCUUAUUAAAGGUGAUAAAAAAUUUAACUAUGGCUUACAAACAUCUAUUGAUUAUCUAGUCAGUGCAAUUAUGAUUGUUACAUUACUUAUUACAGUUCUUUUUGGUACAAUACUUCUUAUUAUACAGAUUCGUCAUGAAAGUAUACAUAUGGUUAAAUUAACAAGUAAUCUUAUUAAUGAAACAAUUGUACUACAACCAUCAUUUCAACAUAUGUUACCUGAUAAAGAACAUAUGGGUAAAUUAAUGGAUACAGCUGUGAAUAAUUUUUAUUCAGUCGGAAGAACUUGGAUUGCAAAACAGGUUAGAAGGAAAUAA